AUGGGGCUCCGCAGGAAAAAUAAGAGGCCGGCGGUGCUAAGCCACGAGUUCGUCAUUCAGAACCAUGCGGAUACCGCGUCCUGCCUGGUGGUGGGCCUCUUGCUGGUGCUUAUGUUUGAGGUCCCAGCCAAGUACGCCAUCAUCUUUAUUGCUGUGCAGUACAAUGUCACCUAUACCACUGGUGACAACAGUGAGCAAUUUCAUUUUUAUGACUAUGGUCCAAAAGACAUUGCCACAAUCUUCUUCUACAUGCUUGUAGCUAUUAAUCUGCAUGCUGUAAUCCAGCAGUACAUAUUAGAUAAAAUUAAUAGACGUCUGCAUUUGUCAAAAACAAAGCACAGCAAAUUCAAUGAAUCGGGACAGCUGGCAUUUUUCUACUUGUUUUCAUUUGUAUGGGGAGCAAGUAUUUUGAAUGCAGAAGAAUUCAUGAUGAACCCAACCUUACUCUGGAAUGAUUAUCCCCAUUCUCGUAUGCUUUUUCAGGUAAAAUUCUUCUAUAUUUGCCAGAUAGCCUAUUGGCUUCAUGCACUGCCGAAGCUAUACUUCCAAAAGAUCCGAAAGGAAGAUAUUCCAAGGCAACUAUGUUAUAUUUGCCUUUACAUUGCUCAUAUCUCUGGUGCCUAUAUAUUAAAUUUGCAGCAUUUGGGGCUAAUUCUGAUGGUACCUCACUAUCUAGUGGAACUCAUUUUUCAUGCCUCUCGUCUUUUCUACUUCAGUGAUGAAAACAAGCAAAAAGGAUUUACCAUUUGGGCUUUACUUUUCGUAAUGGUGCGUCUUUUGACCCUAACUUUAUCAGUCCUCACAUUUGGAUUUGGUCUGGCAAGAGUAGAGAAUCCAGGUUUUGCCAUAGCAGAUGGAAACUUCAAUGUACUCCCUGUGAGGAUUGGCUGCCUGGGUGCUGUUUGUCUAACACAGGCCUGGAUGAUGUGGAAAUUUAUAAUUUUUCAGCUGAAGAAAUGGAGAGAACAUGUUAAGAACCAGAUUCCAAAGAAAAAAAUAACUAACACAAAGAACAAACGAACAAAAAGGGAACCAAACAGAGUGGAAGAAGAGAACAACCUGCAGAAAAAGAUUACCUGGAAUGGAAGAAGUGGAAUCAUUCAACAGCAGACCUCACGCUUUCAGGAAAUGCAACAGGACCUCAUCCCUCUUAAGCUGCAGUGCUGGAUACCGGGCACGGCGAGUGCCAGCCUCGCGUUUAACCGACGGGCCUCUGUGAGCGGCACGGCUGGGCACACUGCAGGGGGGCCUGGCACGGGGAGCUUCCCACGGGACCGCUUCCUCGACCCCAUUUGGGACUGCCUUUCUGGGGACAGCGCUGGAAACCAGCGGCGAUACCGACGACCAGUGGCCAGGCUGAGCCCCCGCCGGCCGCCAGCCACCGGGCCGCGGCGGGGAAAACGGGCAGCGCCCCAGGCCGCCCGGAUUGGGCGGCGGCCGCAGGGGCCGCUGGGAGCGGUGGCUCAGAAAACGGUCGGGCCUAAGCGGGUACUACAAGUACCGUGA